AGCUUUCGUAGCCUUCAUCCCAUGUCCAAGUGGUCCCUUCUGGUUCGCUCUCGCUUCCCUUUCAAUAAGGCUGUCAGUGGAGUGCCAUUAGGCGUUGCUCCAGCCCGUUGUGCCAGCAACGUUGCCGCCACUGCUCAUGUUCAUACCAACUACUAUGAAAGGGUUGCCGAAGUGAACGUCCAAGCCGUGCCAAGGGGGCGCCAUAAUCACAGAGUUUACAACUUCUCCGCUGGCCCGGCCGGCCUCCCCGAUGAGGUUAUGUAUGAGGCUCAGCGAGAUUUCGUCAACUACGAUGGAACCGGGAUGGGGUUCAUGGAGCUAUCUCAUCGCGAUGUUGAUGGUCCUUUUCAAACAGUACUCGCCCAAGCUGAAGAACGCCUUCGUGACAUGUUGCAUAUUCCAACUAACUAUAAGGUUAUGUUCCUUCAAGGAGGUGCUCAUGCUCAAUUUGCGGGAAUACCGUUGAACCUAUUUCGCCCAGAGCUCGGGCAUAAGGUGGUUGAGUAUAUCGAUACUGGGUAUUGGGGUCAACGCUGCUUGGGUGAAUGUGCCAGGAUGAUCGGCAUGGAUAAGAUCAAAGUCGUCAACGAGGAGUUCAAUGCGAAACUCCCUACCAAUGUGAGGGGCCUUCCAGGAUAUUCCGAUCUUGAUCUGUCGUCCCCGCCCGACGAAGUUUCUUUCAUUCACUUCACGGCCAACGAAACUAUGGAGGGCUUGGAGUAUCUCGACGACAGUUUGGCGAGUGCUUUGAAGGAUUCAGGCCGCAAUGUUGUUAUUGAUAUGACCAGCACGCUCUUGUCCAGACCAGUUAAUGUUGAAAAUUACGGAGUUAUUUACGCAUCGGGCGGCAAGAAUCUCGGUCCAGCAGGAGUGUGCCUUGCGAUAGUCAGAGACGACUUGAUUAGACCGGGACAACCACCGUAUGUUUGCCCGUCGUUUAUGGACUACUACGUGCAAUCGACCUCAACACCGCUGUGUAGUUUGUACAACACUCCUCCGACGUUUGCCAUUUAUAUGGUGAACCUGGUCCUUGGGUACUACCAGAGGACCUUUGGUGAGAGUGCAACGCUCGCAAAUAUAGAGCAGAAAGCUAUACGACGAGCUGCUCAGGUGUGGGGUGUUGUAGAUCGCUCCAACGGCUUUUAUACGAGCCCUGUUCGGCCGGCAGAUCGUAGUCGUAUGUCAGUCUGCGUUCGUGUGAGAGGUGGGGAUAGGUCUCUAGAGGACCGCUUUGUUGCCGAGGCGGAAGAAGCUGGUCUGUUCCAGUUGCAGGGCAAUAAAAUCACCGGAGGGCUCCGCGUUACGUUGUACAAUGGGGUGAAGGACGAAGCUGUCAAUUCUGCUUGCAAAUUUAUGGAAAACUUCGCGAGGAGGCACCGUUAGGGAUGUGGGAGAAGGUGUCUAGUGUAUUCUAUUUACCAAAUCGAUCACGUGAUCGAUUUAAUCGUCUGUCGCUGAGUCAGCCAGGCCAGGCCCCCUUGGUUGACUCACUGUUGUUAUUUGCCUUAUAUCUUGCCUUAUGUCUUAUCUGUGGAUUUCUGACUUUUUUCACCCACAGGAGAAAUACCAUCGCAAUGAUUCCGUUGACAAUCGAUCAACUGGGCGUAGCGAGAAAGCGGGUUUUUUUGAUGUUGUUAGUGAAAACGGCUGUUUGAACGCUAAUGAUUUUGUCGCGGCAGUAGAAGUGACCGAUUGGUCGGGCCAGACCCCCUCGGUCGAUCGGUUGCUUUCGUGACUUAAUCUAUGCGAUAAACGCCGUAUGUAGUCGGGACAAUUUACACAGUGAUGUGAUCAUCGCAGUUGUCCGUCUAGUAGCUGCUGC